AUGGAGCCUAUAGAUAGUUUAAACUCGAAUUGUUUAUUCGCUGAUAGUAGGUAUUAUGAGAAGGAGGAUGUUAUUAACAAUUUAUAUAACACAGUACUAACGAGGACAGUUAAAGAGAUAGACGAAAAAAACUAUAAUUUAAUUGAGACGCUGGUGAAGUAUGAAGAUGAAAUAAAUAGAUGUAUCGAUAUGAGUAAUUAUUACAUAAAUGAAGCAUUCUCAUCUACCUUAAAGACAGAAAAAGUAAGACGUAGGUUGAGGAUUCACAUCUACACUAUUUUCAACGAUGGGGACAAAGAAAUAAAUUACCCACCUGAUAUUGAAAUUGCUGAUUCGGAGAAUAUAUAUAAGUAUUGUUCUCCUUCAUCUUUUACCUUUAACAUACAUGGGUAUAUUUUAAAAGCUGAUGACAGUGAUUAUGACAAUGACUGUGAUUCAUAUGACUUACAUAAACAACCAUCAACCAUAAUUAAAGAUGAUGAUGGUUUCAGUUAUUUAGUAGAUGAAAGUGGGACGAGAACGAAGGAUGAUGUGGAUAGUAAAUAUUCAGGCACAGACAUUGAUGAUUCAUCUAAUACGAAUGAACAUAUUGACUACUGCAACACAAGUGUUAUGAAAUUUACUUCCUUUUUUUCAACUAUAAUGGUUAUGAGAGAUAAAGAAACAAUUAUAUAUGAUAAGAAUAAUAAAAAUUAUUACGAUUGUGAUAAGUUAACUUUUAGUCGCAUAGUAAAUGAGAAAAAGAAGGAGAUAAUUAAAAUAUUUUUAUUUUUAGAUCAAAAAAUACCAUUUUUUGAACUUUCUCCUGAGUUAAAGAAAUUUAUGCAAUCUCCUGAAGAAACAAUGCCAGAAGUUAUAAAACGUAUUUAUGAAUAUAGCUUAGAAAAAAAAUUAAUUGACUUGAAUGGGAAUAUGAAAACAGAUGAAGUAUUAAAAGAUGUAUUAGGGGUAGAUGAAUAUGAAUUUUGUGAGUUACCCAAAAUUUUACAGAAACAUAUUUCCAUUCAGAAACCAAUAGUUCUAGAACAUGUUGUCGAUCUAGAAAAGGAAGAUGAAUCUGAGAGUAUUUAUGAUAUCGUAGUUGACAUUUUUGAACCAUUUAUAACUUUUGAAGAUGGUAAGCCUCAAAAAUUUGUGCUCGAUUCUCACCACCUGAGUAAUUUAUUACAAUUUUUGAAAAUGAAUGAAACAAAAGAUGUUACUGGUAGGAAAAUGAGUGAAGGUUAUAUUGAAAAAUCGAAAAAUUCUAAAAAUAUCGAGGAAAGUGGAUAUAAUAGUGAUAAACCUGACCAAAAGUACGAGGGUGAAGAAAGUAAGAACAAUACUGAAAAAAAUGAAGACACAGAAGAAGGGAAAAUAGCUUAUAGUAUAGAUGGCAAAAAGAUGGAUGAAACGAGCGUACAGGAAGAAAAAGGCGAAAAGGAGAGAUCAAGUAAAGAAAAUUGCUUUUCGCAUAAAGGUAAUGAUAAAAAAGAAACAAGUUUUAAUUCUCCAGCAAUUUCCAUAUUUGAAAAGAUGAAUGUAAUCCAAAGUCAAAUAGACAAUAUGGAUGAGGAAAUUAUAAAUAUACUAUGUAAAAUUAAACAAAAAAAUAGCUUAAGACUACGUUACACGAAUUUUUAUGAAAAUCCAUGUGGAUUUAUUGACCAUGUUAUGAAUAGCAAAUUUCCAGUAAAUUUCGAAAAUGUAAACGAUAAUAAUUAUAUAUACGACCAAGCAGCAAACAUUAAUGAUGAUAAUUAUUACAAACUUCCAUGGGUUCAUAGAGGUAUUUCAAAAUAUUUAUUAAUUAAAAAUAAAAAUUUUGAUGAUGUUCUUAAAUCUGUCUUAAAUUCAAUGAACCUAGAUUAUAAAAGGAAAAUAGAUGAUAUUAAUACGAAUGAUAAUAAAAAACAAAAAGUACAUACAAAUUCAGAAGAAAAUAUAGAUAAUAACCCGUAUAAAUAUCCUAUAAAUUACAGUUAUAAUAACCAACCAGAUUUAAGUAAUAAUGCAUAUUAUUAUUAUCCUAAUAAAAAUAUGAGUUAUAAUAAUACACCAGAACAAUUUAAUAACAACCCUAUGUACAGUUAUCGCAAUAAUAUGAAUUAUGAAAAUAAUAGCAUGCAAGGCUCCUCUCCAUUUCCCCGUGAUGCGAUGACAUUCAACCUAAACAAUGAUAAAUUCCCGGAAAAUAUAAAUUCACAAAAUAAUUUUAUGCAGAAUAAUGAGCAAGGUAAUUUUAAUCCAUACACUCAACAAGUUGCACCAUAUGCACCAUACAUGAUGAACUAUCCUUUUAAUGAAAUGUCCCAACAGAACGGUUUUAAUGUAAUGUAUCAUCCAGGGGCAAUACCUAUGGAAGGAAUGUAUCCUAAUGGGAGCUUUUACAAUGCAAAUAACUACAUUCCAUAA